CACUCCGCUCCUCCUUUGGUCGACAGCCGCGCUUUCCCGCUCGCGUCGCAGCCUCCGGUGCCACCGCCGCCUCCGCCAUGCCCAACAUCGUGCUCUUCAGCGGCAGCUCGCACCAGGACCUGUCCCAGCGCGUGGCCGACCGGCUGGGCCUGGAGCUGGGCAAGGUGGUCACUAAGAAGUUCAGCAACCAGGAGACCAGUGUUGAGAUCGGUGAAAGCGUGAGGGGCGAAGAUGUCUACAUCAUCCAGAGUGGCUGUGGGGAAAUCAACGACAACCUGAUGGAGCUCCUCAUCAUGAUCAAUGCCUGCAAGAUCGCAUCGUCAUCCAGGGUGACCGCCGUGAUCCCGUGUUUUCCGUACGCGCGACAGGAUAAAAAGGACAAGAGUCGUGCUCCGAUUUCCGCGAAACUUGUAGCCAAUAUGCUCUCGGUCGCCGGGGCGGAUCACAUCAUCACCAUGGACCUGCAUGCCUCUCAGAUCCAGGGAUUCUUUGACAUCCCGGUGGAUAAUUUGUACGCGGAGCCCGCAGUCCUGCAAUGGAUUCGGGAGAACAUUGCCGAGUGGAGGAACUGUAUCAUUGUUUCACCUGACGCCGGGGGAGCCAAAAGGGUCACAUCAAUUGCAGACAGGCUGAAUGUGGAAUUUGCCUUGAUUCACAAAGAGAGGAAGAAAGCAAACGAAGUGGACCGGAUGGUUCUGGUGGGCGACGUGAAGGACCGCGUGGCUAUCCUUGUGGACGACAUGGCUGACACGUGUGGUACCAUCUGCCACGCCGCGGACAAGCUGCUCUCAGCCGGAGCCACCAAAGUUUAUGCUAUCCUUACACACGGGAUCUUCUCGGGGCCAGCCAUUUCCAGAAUAAAUAAUGCUGCCUUUGAGGCCGUUGUUGUCACAAAUACCAUUCCGCAAGAGGACAAAAUGAGACACUGUCCCAAGAUUCAGGUUAUCGACAUCUCGAUGAUCUUGGCAGAGGCGAUCCGAAGAACACACAACGGUGAAUCUGUGUCCUACCUGUUCAGCCACGUGCCGCUCUAGACCCCAGACGGGGAGUGUGGGGCCAGCCUGCUCUGACUGCUCGCUUGUGUGCGCUCACCUGACUUCUUAGCUCUAGGACUCAGCGAUUCUAGGAUAAUGCAAAAGCAUCCGAUCUUUGUAUCCUCCAAGAUGCAUUGUUUCCCCCUUCUCAAGCUCAAGACCAUUUAUUUCCAGUUUUGGGGGGGCGGGUGGUGGUUAUUUGAUCUUUGUAAGUGAACUGUCGUUAAUGAGAUAGGUUUCGUCAUCCUGACUGGUUCUGACAGGUGACCCUUUUCUUUGUUUUGCCAGUACUUUGAGGCCACAACUUUCAAGUAUGGAAUUCUGCAGAAGUUCAUAGAUGAUAUGUUUCAAGGUUGCCAAAGGUGACUUCAGAUUAAAGCCUUUUGUGUAAAUAAUGAUAAUGCCUAUGGACAUUUGGGUAAAACCCUGUAUACAGAAUUAGCCUUUUGCUUCCGAGUGAACCUUAGAAAAUUUAUAAUACCCCGAGUCUGGUUUUAUUUUACUUUUUUCUUUUUAGCAACCAGGAUUCAAAUAAACCAUUGUGGGUUUGGGGCCUAAUUUGACCAAAUUUUAUGCAGCCUAAGAUGGCCACUGACACAUUUACUUUCUGAUAAACGUGAGACCUAUCCGAGGCAAUCAGUAUUUUUUUUUUUUUAUUGUCACUUCUGGAAAACACAUAACUAUAUCACUUACCUGAAAUGUCGUGUUCUAAAAUUCCAAAAUUAUGUUCAGCAAUAGAUCUGAUUGAAGAAGUGUCAAGAUAGACCCUGCAGGAUCACCGGGGCCACUCACGCUGUGCUCUGGCCAUCCUGGGCGCCUCCUGGCCCGCCAUCGUGUUUUAUGGCCUCUUGUUAGCGCUAGCUUUUACUUUGCCUUUUUUCCAAUAAUUUCACGUUGUGGGUUUCCACCAAAACAAAGACUCCCCUAAGUCCCCUCAGAUUUACUAGUCUGUUCAUUGUUUUUGACAUAAUAAAAAGGUGAAUUUUUGUGAGUACCACCAAAUGCAUAUUUAAAUAUUACCUCCUUUGUUUUAAUAUUCUUUUGCCUUUUGUAAUCAGAAGUAGCAAGUCUGUUAGACUACUGAUGAUUUUAACUAAAGCCGUUCCAUGAAAAAUGUGGGUAAGCAAGGCUACAGAGAAAGUACAAAUAAGUAAGCCUUCAUUGUUUUGUGAAGAUAAUGUUCAAAUGGUGGCCCAAGAGCGAUCGUGGAGGCAAAGCUUGCUUUAUCCACACAUGGCCCUCGACAGCAUCCCCCUCGGUGAGGUGCCUCCCGGCCUGUGGCAAAAGGCAAGCGUCGAGUCCCUGUGAGUUUUGCUGUAUGCACAUGGGUGCAUAACCGAAUGAAUUCUUCAGCCCUGAGGAGAAUUUGCCUGCAUAGCCAGAGCCUGGGGGUAGUAACAGCCCCUCCCUUCUGCUGAAUCUUAAAACUUGGGAAAUUGUCUGAUCUAAAUUUUGCAGGUGGCAAAACCAAAUCUUUUAAGUCGUUAACAAACUUGAACCACAAUCUUUAAGGUUUCAAACUUCACCACGGCAGAGGCUGAAGUUAAAAAGUAUCGUGUGGGUCAUUGCAGAGACUAGCAUUUUCCUGUUCCUUAAAAUGGUUUUUGAGAAAGACAAUGGUAUUUUAGCCUGGUAGAGUCAGCUGUGCAAUGUGGAUUGACUCUAUCUAGGAAGAGUUGACUUGAGAUGAUGUAAAGAGCCUACUUAGAUGUAUGUAAUUUUUAGUUUUGAUAAGUGAGGGAUAUCUAUUUCUUGGGAUUUCAGUGCAUAGACCAAUGAAAAUGUAGUUACAAACAUGCACAGGUAGACAGCCUCGGCUUACAAGCGUAGACACCGGGCCUUGACUGAAAAAAGUUGAUUUAAAUGUAGUCAUUUGAUUUAACAUAAUCAUUUCCUCUUAAGAUUGAGACUAAGAGAGCUAGUUUCAAAAUAAUCUUCAGCUAAAAAUUUGCAUUAUCAUAGUUACAAACACACACAGGUUAGACAGCCUCGGCAUACAAGCGUAGACAGCUUGACAUGACUGAAAAAGUUGAUUUAAAUGUAUCAUUUCCUCUUAAGGUUGAGUCUAAGAGAGCUAGUUUCAAAGAUAAUCUUUAGAUAAAAAUUUGCAUUAUCAUUAUUAACAGCUGAUUCUCUCUUUUAGCCUCACUUUUUGUUUUCAAGUGUUCUGUUAGGUUGACUAAUUUGACUAGACUUGGCCAUACACAGUGGCAGUGUAGACCUCAACUGUGUGAUGGUUUCAGUUGAAGAAAGAUGAAGGUGGCCUCAGGAGUGGCCCAAUCCCAGAACUUCCAUAGCCUGAGCUGCUUGUGUGCAAACAUUAAGCGAAACCACCAAAUGUCUCAUUUCUGUCCAGCUCUGCUGAAUGGGGGCUGGACUCGACGUGUAUCGAGCUGAAAAGGAGAGCCACAGAAAUACACAUACACCAAAGCUGCUCAUCCUCCAACUGAAAGUGUAUUCAGCAACUUGCAGAUAACUCCUAUUAGAACCUGCCUUUGUUUAGAUGCCCACUAGAUUCGGGAAUGUAUCAUUUGCAGUGCUUGUAUUGGUUUAGAAUAUAGGAUUUUAAGAUCGUCCAACACUGUACUAAAACAUUUCAAUAAAAUCAUGCUACUUCUUUCUAUUA